GUAGACUGUAAGGGAUACAUUAGAUAGGUACAUAAAAUAGUUGUUAUCGAGCCCCUAUUUUAUUUUAUCUUAUUUUAUUUUAUUGUUAUAUCAUUACGGGCUAAUUUCCUACCCGUAACUUGUAUUGUGCGUUGCCUAAGUGAGUGCGUUGUUUGAUUCCUCGCGUCCACUGCGGUUACCGUAGAACUUCGGUGCUUGUAUCAACCCAUACAGUACGUGGUUUUGAUUUGGAGAGCUGCCUAACUCCUCACCAUCUCCUACUUCUCAACGCACAAUCGUUGCCAUUUCAUCCAAUAAGCUUUUUCUUCGCCACGUUGAGGAAAUUUGUUCUCAGUCUAGCAUUUCUUCCCUUCUAUUAUUUUUUCUGUCUCCUCUGGAGUACCGGUACCAUGGCAGCGCCGCGAGAUACCGUCGUGCUGGAUAGAGCGAACUUUGAGGUUCUUGUGCAACGAGCGAAAGCCGUUACCGAUUACCAGCUCGGGCGUAAUCAUACUCUAGUGGAAAUGAGUCCGCUUAUGUGCCUUCCCAUGGACGAGUAUGAGGAUCUGGUGCUUUCUUAUCGCAAACACGCAAACCUGGUACGCCGCCUUAUGCAAGAAGGCUUGGCCGAGGAGCACCUUGAAGCCUUAAGUCAGGAUGAUCCUCAUGGACCACAGGCCAGCAAGGUCACGCCCGAUAUCGUCCCUCGUCCAGUGAGAAGCAACUCAUACAUCGCUCCUCACAAGCGUAAAGAGGACUAUGUACAUUCCUCAGACAGUCCAGCAACGUCCAGACCCACGCCAUUAGGUAUACAGCUACAAUCCAAGGAGCCGUGGCGUCAUGAUACAGAUGGAAAUAGGGGUCUGGUUAGCCUUUAUUUUAAAGGUAUUGCGCCCGGUUGUACCUACUGGGACGUCACCAGCGCCAUUCGUGGCGGCGCUUUGGCACAUAUGCGAUUGGUACCGGCCACCGAGGAAGGGUUUGUGUCCUUCGUCAAGGAAGAAGAAGCUAUGUCGUUUUACUCCCACGUAAGGAAAAACGAGCUCUACAUCAAGAAUAGAAGGAUCAACGUCACAUGGGCGAGACAUCAACGUUACACCAAUGGCGAAGUAGCUGCUCAGAUCCGUCGCGGCGCAAGCAGAAACCUCGUUAUCACGGACUGCGAAAGGAAGAUCACCGAGCGGGAGAUUAGAGACGAUCUAGAGCAUAUUGACAUGCUUGUCAUAAUCAAGGUUAUAUUUCUGAAUGGCCAUUGCCACAUCAAGACCAGUUCGAUCUUCGACGCACUCGUUGCUAAGAUGUGCAUGCAGAGCAGACGAAAGUACAAGCCGUGGACAAUUCAAUGGGACCGUGAUGAAUGUUCCGCGCCAUAUGACGAGCCCCAGGAGUCACGUCCUACAAAGCAGGAGACAGGUACUCCCAAGGAAAAGGUUGCUGGCAGCAGAGGCCACAAUCGGUUUGCUUCGCUUCGCAGUGACGAUGAUGACAAUGCAUAAUAAGGAGGGUCGAUUCCGUUGCGUGUUUUAUAUGAAACCACGAUGAUACCUAUUGUAUGGCUGGCUUAGGCCAUGCAAGAAAGAGUGUUGUUUUAGGGCUGAGAAGUCUAUUGUUUUCUUUUAUUGAAUUUUCUUUACUUUGCACAUUUGCACGAGUUAUGAACGAGCUUUUUUUUUAUUAGUUGUAGGAAAAUUACUAGGUUUAGGUGUGAGCAUUUGCAAUCGAGUUGUUUGAAUGAGAGUGUGCGAGCCACCCCAACUACAUGUUGGCAUCAGUGUGUCUGUCUAAUGCUUGAUGAAUCUUGUUUCAUACCUCAUGUAUCUACCUAGCAUAAGGGCAGGUAGAGGUAUCUAUCUACCUUAUGUACCUACCUACAUAGAUAAGUGCAUAGGAGGUUGCUAAUUCAUAUGUUCAUAUGUACCCC